GAUAGAUGAUGUGUCCAUAAGCGGCUGGUUGCCAUGUUAGAUGACAUGGAGGAUUCCCAGAGUCGACAACUGCGGACACUUUGGAAAUUCCUGCUGCGGCGUAUCUUUGCUUUUUUAAUAAAGAUGCUUUGAAGAGAACUGUACUGUGCAGUGACAUCAAGGCUGCCUUUGCAUAUCUUCCUUUGACUGUACAUGAAUUUAAAAAAAAACUAUCACUAGAAGAAGAUUUAGAGCAUCUUCAUUUUAGUCCAGUGGUGGAAGCCAAUCAGCCAAGUGUCUGAAACAGACCAAAUAUUAAAUGCAAAUCGCAAACGCGACGGUGAAUGGCAAUGAUUGUCUUGAACUGCGCUGGAAUUGGAAUAUAAAUGAUCUCAGGCAUUUGCUCGUAUGGGUUUCACAUACAUUUCCAUUUGGGGGAGAGAGCUAAGGUUUCUAGAGGUGACGAUAGGCGGAUUGAUAGUUUAAAAGAAACCCGGGGUCGCGAUGCGCGGGUAAUGCAGUGCGGACUGAUGGCAAGGGGCUCGUCCUUCGUUCUGGGAGCCUAGAUCGGCACUAUGCACGAUUCGCUUGUGUGUUUUUCUUGUGUGGUAGUUUUCCCCCUCCAACGCGCGACUAGGAAAGCGGUGGGAGCCUGACGUAAUUAAUGCGCUCCUCGCUCCUCGCUCCUCGCUACAACGCUCUGCCUUCAGUAGGUGGGGAAAUCAGAAAGAGACCAGGACGCUUUUGUCAGAUCUUUUGCAACCUCACCGCCAAUUCCUCCUCCUACUCCAGCCUCCUCUCCCAACAUCACUUUACCACAAGGAUGAACCGAGAGGCAGUAUCUCUGUAGUCGGGGAACCAGCGAGGAGUCGUUUCAUCUUUGGAUCUAAACUCCCAGCCACUUGAUCUGUUGCAUCUUUCGGAUUAAUCGAAGGGACGUUUUUUUUAAAUUAAUUCUCCUCACUGCUUCGCUGAUAUCCACCCUCUUUCUUUUCUCCACAAAAAAAAAAACUUCCUUUCGCUCCAGCCGACGUGUGCCUGUGGGUAUCCCAGUCGCAAACUAUGGUGGUCGUCAUCUUGCUAUGUACGCGGAGCUUACUGGUGACUGCGCCGGGAGUGUAAAUAUUUGCUCAGAAACUUUGAGAUUCAGUUCUGUCUGGCUGAAGCGCACAAUGUUUAUGCGUUACUUGUAAACUAAUUGGAGAACACACUGAAUAAACUGCGGCCUCGCACAGCGUUGGGGAGGGGUAACAGCUUUACUCCUUUCGGGACUGGAGGUAUUAUUAAAAAGAAAAUAUACGACUUUAAGGAAUGUACCACAAGGGGGAGACCUAAGACAAAACUACAAAGAUUGCAAUGAAAUCAUCUGCCGAUGUCUUUCUGUAAAAGUCGGACCUGUUAUGUGCAUAGUCUGGGCUCCUGCUGCUAUUUCUUUGGCGUUUCUUGGGAUAACCGAUUUAGGAUGAGGAUCACUGAUUCCGCGGUGAUUGUGAUUUUAGCCGCCGCGCUGUGGACCGUCAGCGGGUUUGACGCCGGACAAGCCCCUUGUACCACGCUGGUCCAGGGGAAACUAUUCGGCUACUUCGCCUCUUCAAUGGUCUUUCCUUCCAACAACUCAGCCUGUUCUUGGAUUAUUCAAAACCCCGACCCGAGAAGAUACACGCUCUACAUGAAGGUAGCCAAGACCAGCAAUAUCUGCGAGAGACACCAAAUACGCACCUACCAGUACGAUUCAUUUCUGACCAGCACCCGCACCUACUUGGGGAUGGAGAGCUUCGACGAAGUGCUGAGGCUCUGCGACUCCACGGUCCGUUAUGCCUUCUUGCAGUCCAGCAAACAGUACCUGCAGAUGAAGCAGAUGUCUGCGGGAGUCGGUGGCCGGGCAAAGAACAGAGGCGGCAGGGUCAAGGACAAAGAGUUUUCGGCCGAAUACUUGGUGGUAGGCAACAGAAAUCCAAGCAAAGGGGCUUGCCAGAUGCUGUGCAAGUGGUUGGAGACCUGCCUGACCAUCAGUACCAGCGCCAGACCCUGCGGGAUCAUGCAAACCCCUUGCCACUGUUCCAGGGCUGAGAGCAUGGGUCAGUCCACUGAAAUGUUGGGCUUGAAUAAAAAAGGAGACAGUUGCUUGAAAGACGGCGUCUACUUGGAGCAUUGCAUCAAGAACCCCAAGGACAGCAUCGAUGCAGAUUCUCCCGGUGGCUGGAAAGCCUGGUCGUCUUGGGGUGUCUGUACCAAGUCGUGUGGGGGUGGAUUGCAAACCCGAAGCAGGACCUGCCAUUCCCAUUUAGAGGAAGGGUUUGUUUGUGAAGGAAUUUCAGAAGAAGGAAGAUUAUGCAAUAAACAGCCUUGUAAUACAUUUGGACGCUAUAGUUCCAGAAGCCAGUCACUGAGGUCAAUAGACUACAGGAAACAUCAGGAUGUUGACGGUUUCCAUCGCUAUGGAUACUCCUUAUCUCAGACUGGCGACCCUGCAGCAGAGGAAUGGUCCGCCUGGACUGUCUGUUCUUCGACUUGUGGACAGGGUACACAGACCCGGAUGAGAUCCUGUGUAUCAUCUCCAUAUGGCACCUCGUGCAGUGGACCUCUGCGAGAAAUGAGACUAUGCAACAAUUCAGCAGUGUGUCCAGUCCACGGUGUCUGGGAGGAAUGGUCACCAUGGAGUUUGUGCUCCUCCACAUGUGGUAGGGGCCACCGAGAUCGCACCCGUUCCUGUUUACAGCCUCAAUUUGGAGGGAACCCUUGUGAAGGACCGGAGAAGCAAACAAAGUUCUGCAACAUUGCACUCUGUCCCGUGGAUGGGAACUGGAAUGAUUGGUCUAGCUGGAGUCAGUGUUCAACCACCUGUUCAAAUGGAACACAACAGCGGACAAGGGAGUGUAAUGGACCUUCCUUUGGAGGAGCUGAAUGCCAGGGCUACUGGUCUGAAAAUAGGCCGUGCUUUCCAAGACAGUGUCCAGUGGAUGGAAAAUGGCAAACAUGGACUAGCUGGGAACCAUGCACCAAGAGCUGUGAUGGUGGAACACAGCUUCGGGUGAGGAUCUGCUCUGGACCAUUUUACGGAGGACUUCAGUGUGAUGGACCUCAAGAGGAGUACAGAUUGUGCAAUGACAAAAAAUGUCCAGAACCUCAUGAAUACUGCCAGGAAGAAAAUUACAAUUCAGUGGUCUGGACAAAAACAGCUGCAGGUGACUCUGCGGCCGUCAGCUGCCCACCAAGUGCUGCAGGAAUAAUCCUGAGAAAUUGUCUCCUAGAUGAUGAGGGAAUCGCUUUUUGGGAGCCUCCAAGCUUUAUCAAAUGUGUUUCCAAUGACUACAAGAUGUUGCAGUCAGAGACCAGGGAACACUUGUCUAAGGCCCAGCGAGGGUUAAUAGGAGAUGGGAUAUCAGGAAUUAUAAGAAAACUGGCAGACACUUCCGAUGGAGGAACCAGCUACAGUGGAGACAUCUUAGCCUUAAUUGACAUCUUGAAGAACAUGACAGAAAUCUUCCGUCGGACUUAUUACACUCCCGUCUCUGGAGAUAUCCAGAAUUUUGUUCAAAUAGUGAGCAAUUUAUUAUCAGAAGAAAAUAAACCAAAGUGGAAAGAAGCCCAGCUGACUGGGCCAAACUCAAAAGUAGUGAUGCAGACUGUUGAGAAUUUCAUUGAUGUCAUUGGCUUUCGAAUGAAUGAUUUCAGGGACUCCUAUCUCGUCACUGAAAAUCUAGUGAUAUGCAUUUAUAAGCGGCCAGCCAAUGGAGCUACAGAUAUCAAUUUCCCCAUGAAGGGAUGGAGAGGGAUGGUUAACUGGGCAAGGAAUUCUGAAGAUAAAGUCACUAUUUCAAAAAGCAUCUUUUCCACCGGGAGAUCAAUAGAGCCAGACGAUUCUUCAGUGUAUGUGAUAGGAACCACCCUCUAUAGAAACCUCGGAACAUUUCUGGAUCUUCAAAGAAAUGCCACAGUGCUGAAUUCAAAGAUAAUCUCUGUUAUUGUAAAGCCUUCGCCAAAAUCUUUAUCCAACCCUUUGGAAAUUGAAUUUUCUCAUCUAUACAAUGGCACGACAAACCAGUCAUGCAUUGCAUGGGAUGAGACAGACACCCUUGGCGUACACGGGGUCUGGUCGAGCCGCGGCUGCAAGACGUUUCCUAUCGACUCGUCACGUACGAAAUGCAAGUGUGACCGACUCUCCAGGUUCGCCAUUUUGGCUCAGCUCUCGCCAGAUUCGAGCAUGGAUAAAGUGAUUCUACCUUCAGUCACUCUGAUCGUUGGUUGUGGAGUUUCCUCGUUGACUCUCCUGCUGUUAAUAAUAAUAUAUGUAUCUGUCUGGAGGUAUAUCCGGUCAGAGCGGUCAGUAAUUUUAAUAAACUUCUGCCUAUCAAUCAUUUCAUCAAAUGCUCUCAUCCUGAUAGGACAAACUCAGACAAGAAAUAAAGUGGUCUGUACCCUUGUGGCCGCAUUUCUGCAUUUCUUCUUCCUGUCAUCUUUCUGCUGGGUGUUGACAGAGGCCUGGCAGUCGUACAUGGCCGUCACAGGAAGAUUACGAAACCGAAUCAUUCGGAAGCGCUUUCUUUGUCUUGGAUGGGGACUUCCAGCCCUUGUUGUAGCAACAUCUGUUGGAUUCACCAAAUCGAAGGGAUACGGCACAGUAAAUUAUUGCUGGCUUUCCUUGGAAGGUGGUCUCCUCUAUGCCUUUGUUGGACCUGCAGCCGUUGUUGUUUUGGUGAACAUGGUUAUUGGCAUUUUGGUAUUUAACAAACUUGUAUCGAAAGAUGGAAUAACAGAUAAGAAACUGAAGGAACGGGCAGGUCAGAUGACAGUUCCCCUUUACGGUAUGGCGCUCAAAUGUUCCAAGUGUGGAGUUAUAUCUUCAGCUGAAGUAUCGGCUACAGUCACCAGUAAUGCCAUGGCAUCUCUUUGGAGCUCUUGUGUUGUUCUGCCACUUUUAGCUCUGACUUGGAUGUCUGCUGUCUUGGCCAUCACAGAUCGAAGAUCAGCCCUCUUUCAAAUCCUCUUUGCUGUCUUUGACUCUUUGGAAGGCUUUGUCAUUGUAAUGGUCCACUGCAUUUUGAGAAGAGAGGUUCAGGAUGCAGUGAAGUGUAGAGUUGUAGAUCGUCAAGAAGAGGGGAAUGGAGACUCUGGGGGAUCAUUUCAAAAUGGACAUGCGCAAUUAAUGACUGACUUUGAAAAGGAUGUAGAUAUGGCAUGUAGAUCAGUUUAUCAAGGUGAAGGAUGUCAGCGCUGGGGAGUGGAUCACUUUUCUACUUUGAGAAAACAGUGUCAGGAUCAAGCACUCCCAGUUUUAAAUAAGGACAUCAAUGCGGUCAGAACAGGAACACUCACAGGAACGUUGAAACGCUCGAUGGUCCAUGAUGAGGAAAUGAAAAUGAAGUUCAACCAUCAGAAGUUAUCUGGCUUCUCAAGUCUUCCAGCAAACGUAUCGAAAAUGCAUCUCCAGGGAUCAAUGAACUAUCCAGGAUCAUUAAACAUGAAUGAGUUUAGCGAUCGCACCUUGAAAAUCAAUAAAAGUGAACAGCCAAAAUCAAUAUAUAUAUGUGACGGAGAAAUUUUCAAGCAAUUAGACUCAGAACUAGCACGAGCACAGGAACCAGUGAUAGAUGCUAACUAUGUUAUUCUGCCCACCAAUACCUCAACUUUGAGGGCUAAACCAAAAGACGAUAGCAAAUAUAAUAUUAGCAUUAGUCAGUUGCCCCAGACUAGACUUAUUCAUCUCAAUGCAGACAGUGGGUUUUGUGCAAAAAACUCCCCAAUGGAUCGCAUCAAUAUUUCUUGCAAUGAAAGGGCUUCUCCUGGCCAUCAGACACAGAGUGCUGCACAUGAAGCCCAAUCUCCCAAUAACCUGUGCGAUGCAGGUGAUUCAGGGAACUCUGGGAUGGUGUCCAAAAGUGAGACAGUUUCUACACUAUCAACAAGUUCAUUGGAGAGCCCUAAAUCCCAGAAUAAUCCUAGUCGCUCCUCCCUGAACUCUCUCCAAUGUGUCAGUGUACCAUUGAAGAGAAGAAAAUCUAGAUAUGCCGAAUUAGACUUUGAGAAAAUAAUGCACACAAGAAAACGACAUCAAGACAUGUUUCAGGAUCUAAACAGGAAACUUCAACAUGCGGAGAAAGACAGAGAAUCUCCCACCAUAGACAAUAAAGCAGUGAAACGAUGGAGUGUUUCAUCAGCAGGAAGUGAUAAAGCUAGUGUCAAUCAGCCAGAGAAGCAGACUCCAAUCAAGCGGCCUUGGGAAGGGAUCCGAAAAAUACAGUCUCCACCCACAUGGAUAAAAAAGGAACUGGAUCCCACUCAACAUUCUCCCUUAGAAAUGAGAACAGUGGAAUGGGAGAAAACAGGAGCCACGAUACCACUUGGUGGACAGGACAUCAUUGACCUUCAGACUGAAGUCUGACCUGAGGAGCGACCUUUUUUUAAAUUUUAAAACAGAUUGGUUUCUUUUGAAACCUUAUACAGUACAGAUAUCUUGUUCUCAGAGAGAUAUUGUUUUAAACCUUGUGAUGCAGUCAGCGUUGUGUCAUCUCACUGCAGUGAGAAAACACACAAGCAAACACUGCACUCGUAGUCCAAAAACUCUUAUCAAAGACAGUAAUGGGCAAAUAUAUAUAUAUAUAUUUAUAUAUAUAUUUAUAUAUAUAGAUAUAUAUAUAAAUAUAUAUAUAUCUAUAUAUAUAUUUAAAAAACAAGUAACCAGUUUAGUGUUGAUUGCUUGAUAUGCAAGCAUUUUUUGCAUCAGAAUUUAAUGGCAUUUUCUUGUCAUAUUGUGUACUAUAUAAAAAAAAAUGAAAUUUCGAACAGUAAAUACAAUGAACAUACUUAAAAACUGUGAUGUACCUGUCAAGAUUUUAGAUAUAUAAAUUGAAAGCACAAGGCUUUGUCUGCCCUGCUGUACAAUAUGUAAUUAUUACACCUAUCGACUUUUAGCUUAAAUAUCUUUCUACUGUGUUUAAUUUUCCUGACAAACUUUAACAGUAUUAUGUACAAUGACAGAGUAAAGCUAAUGUUAUGCCAUGUGUUUAAUAAUCGUUGAUAUACAAGAUUCCACUUUUAUGGUUGGUUAAACUGGUUCUGGUUUCCUAUAUCCAUGUUUGUCAGUUUUCUGUACAGUUUUCAGAGCACAAAAUAAAUGUGUCCUUUCUAAUAAAAAUGUAAACUAUAAACAGUGUACUUAUUAAACCUCAUUACAAAGAGCCAGGAAAAAAAUGAGCUAAUCUGAAAAUGAGAACUGUAAGAGGAUAAACUUACGUUGUGAUUGCUUUCAGAAAUGAUUGAUUAAAGAAUCAUUAUU